UGGAGAUAAAUAUCCCCAGCACUGUCUCGAAUAGAGAUUCCAUGGUUACUUUAUCGACUUCGAUUUUGUUUUCAACAUAGAAAAUAUAUCUAAACCAUUAUGUCAACAGCAACAGCAACCGAAACCACUGCCCAGCAGAAGGUAGUCGUUGCCUCUGCAGACUACAGUAACUUGAAUGUGAAGCCUGCAGUCGAGGACGCCGUUUUCCAAGCAACUGCCCGCGGCGACCGUAAUGGAACGCUCAAACUACCAGGAAUUCCAGUAUUCACAGACCUCUACGAGAAACGUAAAUGGAUGAAAGAGCACAUGGCAGCCGCAUUCCGUUUCUUCGGAAAGCAUGGACACGGCGAGGGUAUUUCUGGGCACAUCUCCAUGAGAGAUCCUGUCUUGAAGGACCAUUUCUGGAUGAACCCUUACGCUAAGCAUUUCUCUGCCAUGAAAGCCUCCGAUCUCGUCCUUGUCGACCAAGAUGGCUAUGUGACAGAAGGGGGCAAUCAGGCACCCAUUAAUGAGGCCGGAUUCAUGAUCCAUUCAGAGAUCCAUAAAGCCAGACCGGAUGUUGUUGCUGCUGCGCAUACGCAUGGAGUGUAUGGAAAGACGUGGAGCGCAUUUGGGAAGGGGAUCGAGAUGAUCACUCAAGACGCAUGUAACUUUUAUGGAAAACUAGGUGUCUAUAUUGACCAUGGUGGAAUUGCGUUGGCUCAGGAAGAGGGACAGCAAAUCGCCAAGGCUCUGGGGGAGGACAAGAUGGCUUGCAUUUUGCAAAACCAUGGUUUGUUAACCGUAGGUCGCACAGUAGAUGAAGCAGCCUUUCUCCUUUCCAGCUUGGAUCACGCGUGUCAUUCCCAGCUGAUGGCCGAAGCGGCUGCUGCCAACGGCGUACCAAAGAAGAUCAUCAAUGAUGAAGUGGCUCAGUACACGGCCAAUGCGGUCCAGACACCGCAUCAUUUUUAUACCGAAUUCCAACCUGAGUUCGACCUCAUUGUGGAGGAGACCAACGGGCGAGUUCUUCUGUGAUGGGAGAGGAAAUGAUAUAGCAAUGAAGCAACACCCUCCAAGGUAAUUACUUGAGGCUACGAACCUAUUCUUAAGAAAGUCCUUUAGAUUACUGUAUCGAAAUUGCCUGUGGCUGAAACGGCCCCCAUCACUAGCCUCUGGGCCCUGCCCUAAAACCCCAUUCAUUUGUACAUCCACCCAAUAAUCACGACUAUCACUGCCUAAUUGAAACAAAG